CGAAUUGUUUUUCGAAAAUGAAUCCAAACAAAGAAGAAGUAAAAAUAGGAAUAACAUACGAUUCAUAUUUUUGUUUUCAAUCAUCUGCUGGAGACGUGUAAACACGUAAGGAUCUCUUUCUACAAAUAUUAAUUCAAUUUCUGUGUUUUAAAAAAAUAUUGACAAGAUGCCAGUUGAGCAAUGGAAAGCAUUUAAAUCUGAACAUGGAAAAAAUUACAGCGACGAGGAAGAUGCAAAGAGAUUUGAAAUAUUCAAGGAAAACUUGAAGUUAAUUGAGGAACAUAAUAUGAAAUAUGAGAAAGGUGAAACUACAUACAAGAUGGGCCUUAAUAAAUUUUCUGAUUGGUUUCAAGAAGAAAAACAAAAUUUGCAUGGAUUAAAAUCGCCUGCAAAUAAUAAAUAGAACUUGAUGUAAAUCACUGUAUAUCCACUUAUUUUACAUUGAGCUGUUAUUGCGUUUUUUUUAUUGCUCGGUGAUAAUUUUUUAUGUAUUUAAAAUGUUUAAGUCACGUAUCUAAAAUAAUAAAAAUUUACAUUUUGUAUAAUGAUUAAUACUCAAAU